AUGGAGAACAGUCUCGAAAUACAAGCGAUGGCGGUACUGGCCGCACGUAACGAGCUAAACGGUUCGGAAGUAUUGAGCUCAAUGUUGGACGAUUACGGAGAGGCACUUCGUAUCACUGAAGAUGUGGUCUGCGCUGCCGCUGGAAACUACUGGGAAGGGGCAAUGCUUAUCUCGACUUUGCUUGAGAGGCGAGCAGGCGAGAUUAUAGUCACUGAGAAUGUGGUUAGAGCUGCAUCAAAGAAUUCACACGGAGAAAAGGUGAUGACUCUCCUUCUGAAAGGACAUUGGAAGGAAUUCAUCGUGUCAGAAACUUCGACCUGUUUGAUCGUGGAAAGAUUCAGCGAAGCGAUAAUCGCGCUUCUUUUCGAGAACUAUGGUCGUCAAAUUCGAAUCACGGAGCAAGUUCUCAAAGCCGCUGCAAAGAAUAAAUCAGGACAAGAAACCAUGGCCUUUCUUUGUGACGUCUUCGGUGGUCACAUCCAAGUUACUGAAGUUGUUCUCCGAGCUGCAGCAGAAAACAGCUCCAGAGGAUAUGAGAUAUGGUGUCUCCUCACGGAUAGAUACAGUAACCAAAUCCGGAUUACGGAUGAACUGCUUCAAACUGUUGCAAGAAACCAACCAGUGGGGACAAUGGAACUUCUGUGUUGCAAAUUCAGUGACCAGGUCCGGAUUACUGAAACUGUUCUCCGAGCUGCAGCAGAAAACAGCCCCGGGGGAUAUGCGAUUAUCUGUUUCCUCACGGAGAGAUACAGUAACCAAAUCCGGAUUACGGAGGAACUGCUUCAAACUGUUGCAAGAAACCAACAAGUGGGGACAAUGGAACUUCUGUGUCGCAAAUUCAGUGACCAGGUCCAGAUUACCGAAGGAACUCUCAAAGCUGCAGCAAAAAACCUCAGAAGUGGAGAUCAUGUGAUGGGAUCUCUCUUGAGCAGAAAUGAUGACAAGAUCCAGAUUACAGAAGGAGUACUCCUAUCUGCAGCAAGGAAUCCUGUUAGCGGCCAUCGUAUUAUGCGUGUCAUUUAUGACAAGUAUGGUGGUUCCAUUCAGAUUACCGAGGAGGUGCUUAAAGCUGCUGCAAGCAACAGAUGGCCAUACGUCGUGCAAGCCCUUCAUGAUCUAUUCUACAAUCAGAUGGAUAUUACUGAAGGAAUCCUCCGAACUGCAGCAGAAAACCCCAAUUGCGGAGCCAUGGUUAUGGAGAUUCUUUUGAACCAUCUUCAUUGGGACCACGAUAGAGAUCAGCUUCAGAUUCCAGAGCAAGUGCUCCAAGCUGCAGCAAAGAAUACCUCUAGCGGUGCUGAGAUCAUGGAUCUUCUGUUUUGGGACAGAUAUAAUGUUAGGAUCAGCGAUAUCACUGAGAAGGUGAUCAAGGCAGCCGCAGAGAAUCCUGAGGGGGGAAAGGAAAUGCUGAUGCUCCUUCUCCAGAAAGCCGGAGAAAGGGGAGACUCAAAAACCUGGAAAGAGUAUCCUUGGAUUCACCAACUUAGCAACAUAGGGUACAACCUCCAAGAAUUGGCCGAGCUCCUACUUGUUCACCAUCGUGAUUCCCCUUGGCUGUAUUUUGAGCCAAGGGACUGGCCUGAGACCAAGAUUGACCUUGAGAAACACAUUCCUAACUGUCCGCAUAGCUUUUGUCACAGCCCCACAGAUAAGACGUCCCCUCGGAAUUUACUGCUGGAUGAUGGGACGAGCACAGCUGAAAUAGUCGAACAGCUCUGUGGUCUAGCUGGAAUAUGCCCUACCGAUCGAGACGUGCAAAACUGGGCCGGUUCGGUCGACUUCUGUGAAGAAGGUCAAGCUGCUAAGGUGUCCUAUACAUUACCAACGGACGAAGACGAAUUCCGCCCUUUCAGAAUUACCAAAACUCGCAUCUUUUCUGUGCUAACAUGUUUGUGCACUGCUAUCGGUCUGGUACAGGAAGCCGGUCUAUGCUGCAGCUCCUUUACAACUCUGAAAUUUACAAGUCUUGAUCACCAGUCGCCAAAUGCGUAUACAGCUGAGCUGAUACCUGUGCCCUUUGGCACUGUGGUUCGCCUGACCAAAGCUAUACAAUCUUCGGAAGAGAGUGUUCCAGUGAACUUCUGCUCGCAGCAAAGGCAGUCCUGCAGCUUGUGUCUCCAGAAAUAG